CCACAACAAGGAAGGGAACUGGAAAGGAGGCGCCAAGAGGCGUGUCAGGUGCUGGCCACAGGGCUGGUUGGAUAGAAACUGGGACAAGCCCCGGACAUUUGGCACCCUCGACCUUGAGAACCUUGGGGAGAUGGUUCCAUGGAGAUUGGAGUGAGGAAGCGGAGCGUCCGUGUAGACAGUAUUUUCUAGGAGUUAUGUUAAAGUGAGAAGGUGUAGAUGUUGGAGAGGAAUGUGGAAUGAGGGUAAAGGGCGUUUUAAAGCACCAUGUGUGGUUAGAACACAGGCUCAGGGCUCCCGAGUCCCCACUCACUAUCGGGGAGUCCUUGGGCAUGUCACUGAACCUCUUGGUGCCUCAGUUCCUUCUUCCGUAAAACGGGGAUGAAGAUGACAAUACCUGCCUCAUAGGGUUCACGUGAAGGUUAGAUGAGAUGGUGCCUGUAAAAGCACUUAGCACGGCACUAAAAGCACCUGUUACUUUUCACUUGCAAUUAUUAGAGCAGCUUGCGGUAUUUUGCUGCUGAUAGGAAGGAGCCGGGAGGCAUUGAAGACAGAGGGGAGAGAAAAGGGAGCAGAGAGAAAGGGACCGAAGAACUUGGAUGGAGAGAGAAAUCUUGGGUUCCUGUGCCAAACCAAGGGAAGGAGGGAACAGGUGGGGACGCAGGGAAGUUUGCAGGUUUGGGGUAUGUGGUUAAGUGAGUGGCUUUCUGAUAGUCUUUCUCCGAAGUAGGCCUCAAGGUCGUUUGCUGAGAGGGCCAGGUCAGGGCUGGCCCAGGUGAGGGUGGAGGUCCUGAUUUCCACUGCAGCAGUAGGGUAGGGUGCCAUGCCCUCUUUGCCAGCGACCCCAGGCAGACUUGGCAUCGCUCCCGGGAAAGUGGACAGUUGAAUUUACUAGGGUCAGAGGACAACGGCAGACCUGCCUUGCCCACUUGUGAGGCUCAUCUAAAGUUGAUGCAUGUGAAAACACGAUAUAAGCAUAACUUACCAUUUUAGUCUUUCUUCGUGACCUUGAGGAGCUGGAAGGGCUGUGGCCAUCAUCAAUAUCAAAGUUUUUUGGGCACUUCACUUGGGCCGUGCACCAUGCCAUGCUUUCACCCAUGAUCUCAUUUAGUUAUUACAAGUCAGGUGAAGUAGGUAUUAAUAUUAACCCCAUUUUGCAGUUGCAGAAACUGAGGUGCAGAGAAGUUACUGACCUUGUCCCAGGACCCACAGCUAAAUGACUGGACACUCCUAGAGCCUGCAGUCACCAUCCAGGGGAUUUUUUUCACCACAAAGGGUAAUUCCUGUCUCAUCCCUGCUGUGACUCAGCUGUGACGUUGAACCGCACAAGCCAGUGAGAAGAUAAAAUCAUCAGACUCCUGCACAUCAGAGAGGGUGGCCCGGCCAGCACUCACCUCUUCUCCCAGCACAGACUCCACGGAGCUGGUCCCCUCCCCAGAGGAGCUUAAACAGGGGCCCCCCACCAGCCAGCCUGGGACCCUGAGAUGGCUUCUGGCUCGGCCAGCAGCCGCCACCCGGCCCCCGAUGAGAACGAGUUCCCCUUUGGGUGCCCCCCCACCGUCUGCCAGGACCCACCAGAGCCCAGGCCCCUCUGCUGCGCCGUCUGUCUCUCUGAGAACGUGAGGAAUGGUGAGGAUCGGAUCUGUCCCAAAUGCAAAGGGGAUGACACACCAUCUGAAAGGCCAGGAAGCCUUCUGUCUCAGGAGCAGGAUCACCCCGAGGUGGCUGAGGCUGGAGUUGGGUGUCCCUUUGCAGGUGUUGGCUGCGCCUUCAAGGGGGGCCCAAAGUUCAUGCAGGAGCAUGAGGUCACCUCCCAGGCUACCCACCUGAACCUGCUGUUAGGGUUCAUGAAACAGUGGAAGGCCCAGCUGGGCUCUGGCCUGGGGUCUGGACCCAUGGCCCUGGAGCAGAAUCUGUCAGACCUGCAGCUGCAGGGGGCUGUGGAGACAGCUGGGGACCUAGAGGUGGACUGCUACCGGGCCCCCUGCUCCGAGAGCCAGGAGGAGCUGGCCCUGCAGCACUUCAUGAAGGAGAAGCUCCUGACUGAGCUGGAGGGGAAGCUGUGCGUGUUUGAGAACAUUGUCGCCGUCCUCAACAAGGAGGUGGAGGCCUCCCACCUGGCCCUGGCCGCCUCCAUCCACCAGAGCCGGCUGGGCCGUGAGCACAUCCUGAGCUUGGAACGGAGGGUGAUGGAGCUGCAGCAGACCUUGGCCCAGAAAGACCAGGCCCUGGGCAAGCUGGAGCAGAGCUUCCGCCUCAUGGAAGAGGCCUCCUACGAUGGCACGUUCCUAUGGAAGGUCACCAGUGUCACCAGGCGGUGCCAUGAGUCAGCCUGCGGCAGGACCGUCAGCCUCUUCUCCCCAGCUUUCUACACUGCCAAGUACGGAUACAAGUUGUGCCUGCGGCUCUACCUGAAUGGGGACGGGACGGGGAAGAGGACCCACCUGUCCCUCUUCAUCGUGAUCAUGAGAGGGGAGUAUGAUGCUCUGCUGCCAUGGCCUUUCCGGAACAAGGUCACUUUCAUGCUGCUCGACCAGAACAACCGUGAGCACGCCAUCGACGCCUUCCGGCCCGACCUGAACUCAGCAUCCUUCCAGCGGCCCCAGAGCGAAACCAAUGUGGCCAGCGGCUGCCCACUCUUCUUCCCCCUCAACAAGCUGCAGUCGCCCAAGCAUGCCUAUGUGAAGGACGACACCAUGUUCCUCAAGUGCAUCGUGGAGACAGACGCUUAGGGCAGGAGGGGCCGAGCAAGCCGCACCCGGGUCCCGAGGGAGCACCCGCUCAGAUGGGGGUUCAGCAAGAUGACUGAGGUCCUGCCUUUGGUGCCCAAGAUCCCAAGACACAGUGAUGGGCCUGGGCUGGCAUGACGUGAGCCGAGCGGACAGAUUGACCGUGGCUAGCUAUCAGUUUAGUGUGGCGGGACCUUGGACUGGGCCCACAAAGGCACACGGUCCCAAAGGAGGUGGUGCAGGACUGAUCCCCCUGCACUGACCGUGCAGCGCUGGAGCCCCGAGAGCCACCUGGCCCUGAAUGUUGAGAUGGACUCUGGCCGAGAUGGGGAGGGUGUGGGGACCAGGCUGGGGCGUGGAUGGGGAACUGGAGGUGUGGGACCUCAGCAAAGAAACUCCAGGGAUGGGAAGACCUCUGCAGGCCGCCACGGAGAGUGAGCUUGCUGUCGUCCUGCUUGGAAUCAGAACCAGGACCAGGGGGUGGAAGUGACAGGGUGCCAGUGCGAACUCAAUCUGUCCCAGCCUGGACCGAGUUCCCCAGCACUGGAGGUGAACAAGCAAAACCAGGGGGCUAUGCUGCGGGGAGGGCAUCAGAUGCGGGGAGGGGUGGUUUUGAAGACCUUCAUGGUUUCUUCCAGCCCAGAGUCUCUGACUCUAUGCCUCCUGGGCCAGAUGAGGCCUAGUGCCGCAGGGGGUCUGGAAACAUUCAGGAGCCUGAUGCCCUCCAGUUUCCUGACUCACCUUCAGUACCGCCAGGUGGGCUGAGCUGACCCGCACGGCACCUGCCACCCUGGGCCCGGCAGUCUGCUUGCCCUCCAUGCAGAGCCACGCAGAGGCCCUGCGUCCUGCGCGUCCCCCAGCUGAGCGCCCCUCCACCUUCUCCAGGUGAAACCAGGUCCCUAGCUCCCAGAGGCAGCUGGAAGGAGCGCGGAGAAGGAGAGGGGCACAGACUCUCCACGCUGCCUGCCUGGGGGCCCUACUCUUGGCCAUUUCCAGAAUCCCGUGUCUCCUGUUGAACGAAGGCAACCACAUCUCUAGUUGAUGGAUCAGGACCGCUGAGCCACCCACAGAUGUUGACCUUUUAUAUGUAUAAAACCAAAGAAUUUUUUUAAA